GGACCUCGGUUUCUGGGAACUUUGGAAGUUGAAUCCUGGCUGCCGCUGGGCGUCUGCGGCCUGCUUCACAGAACCAUGUCUACUAACGGGACAGAAGCCACCGCCAGCACCCAGGCGACAGGAGAAGAACCAGUCCAGCAGCCCAGCGUGGUGGACCGCGUGACCACCAUGCCCCUCAUCAGCUCCACCUGCAACAUGGUGUCCGCCGCCUACACCUCCACCAAGGAGAGCCACCCCCACGUCAAGACUGUGUGCGACGCGGCCGAGAGGGGCGUGAAGACCCUCACCGCGGCCGCCGUCAGUGGGGCCCAGCCCAUCCUCUCCAGGCUGGAGCCACAGAUCGCAUCGGCCAGUGAAUACGCCCACAGGGGUCUGGACAAGCUGGAGGAGAACCUGCCCAUCCUGCAGCAGCACACGGAGAAGGUUCUAGCCGACACCAAGGAGCUCGUCUCGUCCAAGGUGUCGGGGGCCCGAGAAGCCGUGUCCAGCGCCAAGGACACAGUGGCCACGCGAGUGUCGGGGGCAGUUGAUGUGACCCGGGGUGCCGUGCAGACUGGUGUGGAUGCUACCAAGUCCGCGGUGACCAGCGGCGUCCAGUCGGUCAUGGGCUCCCGUGUGGGCCAGAUGGUGCUGAGCGGGGUGGACACGGUGCUGGGCAAGUCGGAGGAGUGGGUGGACAAUCACCUGCCCAUGACGGAUGCUGAGCUGGCCCGCCUCGCCACGUCCCUGGAGGGCUUCGACAUCGCGUCGGUGCAGCAGCAGCGGCAGGAGCAGAGCUACUUCGUGCGCCUGGGUUCCCUGUCGGAGCGGCUGCGCCAGCGGGCCUACGCGCACUCGCUGGGCAAACUGCAGCUCACGCGCCAGCGGGCGCAGGAGGCGCUGGUGCUGCUGGCGCAGGCGCUCAGCCUGAUGGAAAACGUCAAGCAAGGAGUCGAUCAGAAACUGGUGGAGGGCCAGGAGAAACUACACCAGAUGUGGCUCAACUGGAACCAGAAGGAGCUCCAGGGCACGGAGGCGAAUCCGGCCAAACUAGAGCAGGUGGAGACCCGGACGCUCACCAUGUUCCGAGACGUCACACAGCAGCUGCAGAGCACCUGUGCCUCGCUGGGCUCCAGCAUCCAGGGGCUGCCCAGCCACGUGAAGGACCAGGUGCAGCAGGCCCGCCGCCACGUGGAGGACCUCCAGGCCACCUUCGCGGGCAUCCAUUCCUUCCAGGACCUUUCCAGUGCGAUCCUGACGCAGAGCCGGGAGCAGGUGGCCAAGGCCCGAGAAGCCCUUGACCACAUGGUUGAGUACGUGGCCCAGAACACGCCCAUCACGUGGCUGGUGGGACCCUUCGCCCCAGGUAUCGUUGAGAAAGCCCCGGAAGAGAAGAAGUAGGACGGGCAGGAGGAGGCGGGAGGGACUUAGUCUCUCCCGGAGGGGCCGGCCGGAGCCCUGCGCCCCCCCCACCCCUCCCCCCAGCCCAUCUCAGCUAACACCCUGGGAAGUGGGAAACUGACCCGUCCUUCCCCCUCCCUGCGCUCAGAGGCAGCACGGCCUGAUCCUCACCUCCUUGGUCAUCGGGGAAGUUUCCAGAGAAAAAAAAUGCUUUUUAGGAGGUCCUCAGUCUCUCUGGUUUCUUUUUUCUUAAAAAAUCGGGGACAGAUUUCUUCUAUCCCAGCCUCCUUUUCUAAAUCACACCCCUGGAUAGCAGCCUUUAACUAACGGCUUGGGACUUCUGGCCUCUGAAGUGGGGGAUGGGAUGGAGGCAGAGCCGCUGUGGCCCGUCCUAGAGCAGAUGGGGGUUGAGGUCGGCCUGACUGGCUGUAGGCGCUGGAGGCUUCGGCAUUGCCUUAAUAAAUUUUACGUGCAGCUAAGUGUGGGCCGUGUGCACGUGUGUGUGUGUGUGUGUGUGUGCGCGCUCGCUCACGCGUGUUCCCCCAAGAGCUGGGCAGUGCAAGGGUCUCUGUAUGGCCUUCUUGGCCCCUUCCCUGCUCUGUUCACAAGCAUGUGAACUGGACAGGGCCAGACCUGGGGUGGGGCUCCAGGGUUCAUCUCCCCCAUCCUGAGCCUUGCCCCUGUGCUGUGUCCUGGGGCAUCUGGCAGAAGCAGAAGGCCGGCUACUUUUCCCAGACCUUCCUAGGUGUGGGGGGGAGGGGUGGGUAAGUGGCCCCCCAAAGAUGGCCACGUCCCGAUCCCCAGGAUCUGUGACUAUGGUCCCUCAGGUGGCGGAGGGGACCGUGUAGAUGGGAUUCAGUAAGGGAUCUGGAGAUGGGGGCAGGAUGGUCCUGAUGAUUGGGGUGGGGGGCCCUCCUGUCAUCAAGAGGUUCCUUAUGAGGGGGAGGCUGGAGGGUGGGUCGGAGAGGGUAUGAGGACAGAGGUAGAGGUCAGGAUUUGAGAUGAGUGGGUGUUCUCUCCACCCUGAAGAUGGGGGAAGGGAUCUCGGGCCUGGAGAAGUGGGAGAAGUCAGGGAAAUGGGAUCCCCCCCACCCUGAGCAUCUAGAAGGAUCCAGUCCUGCCAGCACCUUGGUCUUAGCCCUGUAAGGCUCAUUUCAGACUUCUGACCUCCAGAACUGGGAGGUGACAGGUGUGUGGUGUUUUCAGCCUCUGAGUCAGCCUUCCUUGUUAGAGCCGCCCCUGGAGACUUGUCCCGGACCCAGGGAACUCUUGGUUGCCCCCGGACAGACCCCAGCUUGGAGAUUUUCGGAAGUUCCAUCCCCUUCUGUGCCUGGCCGUGUGCCCACUGCCGUGCUCACAUCUCCUUAGAAAACGCUGCAACCGAAUCCUUUCGUUGUGCCCACUCUGGCCCAGGGCUGUCCCACUCGAUUCACACACCGACCCUCUUAAUCGCCUCUGCUCUGCGGGUUAGGUGUCCCAGCUUUACGGAUGAAGGGCCGGGAGCACACUGCGGGACGGGGGCUUGCCUCUCUCGGUGCGCCCCUGAUGGCAGAGUCCUGCUCCUGUCCCUUGCACGCGACCGAGGACGGGUGUCCUGUGCUCCAGCUUGGGAUGGGGCAUGGGUGUACCAGCCCACUCCCUGGUCCCCUUGUGAGUGACCCUCCAGCCUUCAGGGUGAUCAUCCGAGGCCAGCUUCUCCCAGACCUGGAGCAAAGAUUGCGGAGGACAGCGCGUUUGAAUAACCUGGUACUUAGGUUUUCUUAGGGUCUCCCCCGCAGCUCCGGUGACGUUGGGGCUGAGUUGCUUUUCUGGGGACCACCCUGGGCACCUUGCCCCAGACACUUGAUGUCAGGGGCACUCCCCCUCCCCCAAGCGGUGACCAACACGGGUUUCCUCAGACAUGGGCCCCUGGGGAGAACCACCAAGUCAGCUGGCUUUGCCCCCAACACUUCUUUUUUUGUCUUUUUUGCUUUAAUGAGUCCCCGAGAUUCCCCAUACAGGCCCCCUAAUCUGUCAGGGAGCAAAUCUCUUUCUGCACAGUGCCAAGCCAGCAUUGGGUAUGGCUAGGAGCCGGGUGCUGCUCUGAGCCCCCAGGCGCUGCUCUGAGCCCCCGGCCGAUGUCCCAGCCUCAUCUCAAACCCUCUCACUGAGCUUCCCAUUUUGUGGAUGGGGAAACUGAGGCAGGUAGUAGUCCAAUCGUCCUCGAAGUCUCCCGGUCAGUAAGGGUCUGGCAGGUGGGUCUGGGCUCAUGUCUUCCUGUGUGCAUCCCCGACUUGCCGGAGGAGCUCAGCAGAUGGGCUGCCCCACCAGCCCCACUGCUCCUCCAUGGCUCCCUCCGCAAAUGGGGUGUACUGGUUAGCUCUUGCUUUGUGACAAGUCAGCGCUAACUUCGUGGCUUUAAACACGUUCUCUCCCAUUCUCUCACAAAGUCCUCGUGAUGUCGUUAGAGGACCGUUGCUUGUCAUGGGUCGCAUCUGAUAUGUUGGUUCCCGUUCCGACAGAUGAGAGACUGCAGGCUUUUCUUUAUGUUAAAAAAAAAAAGUAAUGUCGAUGGUCCUGGGAUA